CCCAAGGUGGUGCUGCAGUAGAUGAAAUGGAGAAUAUAUUUAAACAAUAUAUGUCCUCGAAGCCUGUUACGAGUGCUUCUCGUGUGCGUACAGAACUGGACUUAUAUUUGGAAGAGGAAAUUAUCCAUAGGCCAGAGGGUCUCGACAUCAUCAAUUGGUGGCAGUAUGCAGGUAUCAAGUAUCCUACAUUGCGAAGAAUGGCUCAUGAUAUACUAGCCAUUCCUGUAACAACUGUGGCGUCGGAAUCUGCCUUCAGUACUAGUGGGAGAAUACUAAGUGCACAUAGAUGUUCACUUGCACCAAACAUGACUGAAGCUCUUAUGUGUAUGCAAGCUUGGUCCCGUGCAGACAUGUUAGGGGAUUGCAAUUCUACUCUCUUUGCGGACUUUGAAACUGUUCUUAAGGAUGACACGGAAAUGAUGGAGGUUGAUGAUCAAUCCAUCCUAACUGAAGCCUGAAACAUGAUUGUAUGAUGUUGCUGCUGCUGCUUGGUUGCGACGAGAAGGCGGACGACCCGGCGUGCUACACUGCUACCUGUUGUUAUUUACAUUUAUCCAUGGCUGCUACACUACUACUUCCUACUGCUAGCUUGUAUUUGUAUUUCUGCUGCUAUUUGUGCACCUGAACCUUGUAUCUCUGCUCCUGAACCUUGUAUUUGUGCUUCUGAAGACCUGCACCAUGUAUUUGUGAUGCUAUUUGUGCU